UAAUGAUAUUAAACCAAUUGUUUUAUUAUUAAGGCUAAAGUACUUAAUUAAUAUUAUGUGUCACCCUUUAUGCAAUGAACAAAACAUAAUCUACGUGGAGAUUAAAAAUCGCUGCUUGUGAAUUGCAUCUACAAAAUCGAUUACGCUCGCGGAAACAAGUGACUGUUUGGCGUCCCGUCAAAAACAGCGCGUGAAAGAGGUUGUCUUUUGUGAGAAUGCCUCAAAUCAUGGCAGAGGCGUUUGCAAGAGGACUGCUAGACAAGAUAAUGAUAGAAGUUUUGGACGUUGUAAAUCGCGAUGCAGAGGAUGGAAAAUCCUGGGAACAGCACGUCAAUGAAGAAACAGGCGAUGCUCUGUAUGGUAGACCGCAAGCAAAUGAACAUACACACAUAAAUUACAGCAAGGCCGAGGAGAUAGAUUUGAUCGCAAAGAUAGUUCGCGAUUUACGCGACAUACGAAUCGGAGAUUCGCGUUAUGUACUUCCGCCUUCAUUGUUAGCGUUGGAGAAACAGGUGAAAUGCGCCGCGUGCAAUGUCGACGAUGCGCCACUCACGAAUCCAACGACAACCGACGUCGUCGAAACUCAGCGCACGACCCGAGGUCAAGGCGACACGCACCAGAUUGUACACGCGGCGAUCCUCGAGUCACCGACUGAACCGAUGGAGCCGGUGAAAUUGAAUCGGAAGAAGAAGGAAGGCGAAGCGACCAACGAGGCAACCAACGUGUCCGUUGGUCUGCUACAGCAGCUAAUCGAAGAUAUGGAGAACAAAACGAGUUCAAUCUGCUCCGAAGACGAUGCCCCUUCAGACUCGAUUAGCAAGGAACACAUUGUCGUCUGGGAGGAGAAGAAAGAUCAAUUCGUUAGAACUAUUGAGAGCAAUAAUGAUGACAGACAGAUUACGACGGGAACUCUUCCGAAUAGCGAAUCAAUCGGCCGCUUCCGCGUCGUCGAACUGAAGCACGACGAAGAACUGAGAUCUCAUUCGAGUCAACACGUGGCGUCCACCUCGAGGGAAGUCAACCUCGAAGAAAUUCAGCUCGAGAAACGCAGCUCGAACUCAUUAUCGUCGUUGAAACCAUCACACGACGACGGCACCAAGACCGUGGAUCAGAUACUACCCAUCGAGGACGCGGAGAAGCGAAAAACGUUCAGCGAAUUGACAGUGAAGAAGAAGAAAGGCUUUGGCAGCCGACUGAGGAAACUCUUCCGCGCCGCCUUCGGUCGCCGGAAGAAUUGAUGCUGAGUUCUGAAAGGAAUGCUACCUCGCGAUCUACGUCAAACGGCGACGACUCCCCCGUUCGUUCGCUCAGCAGCAGUCAUGCAUUUUUUUUUUUUAGAGGGAACACGUCCACGAUACAGCGAGUAAAAAUAACCGACCGGAGUAUAGUCAUCGGUCGCGGGUGUCUGCAACUUCGGCGUCCAACGCGAUUUCGGUGCGAUACGUGAAUCAGAAUCUCUAUACAUUCCUGUAUGGUAAUCGCAAGUGUUGUAUACAAAAAUCCGCAAAAUUCUGUAAAAUAUACAUGAUGAUCCCACAUA